AUGUCAACCACUGUACUCGUCCAACCGGUCGAUAGUCCUGACGAUUUCACCCAAAUUUAUCACUGCAUGAGCGAAGCCUUUGGCCGCCAAAUCAAAGACUCAAUUUGGAUAGCCAUGAAUCCGAACUGGAAUUCCUCCGACGGCCAGAGAGAAGGCGCCUCCAAGCUCCUUGAGCGCUGGCAAUCCUCGACCAAGAAUAAAGACGGCCACCCUAAUACAGUCAUUUUGAAGGCGACUCUGCCAGAUCCCCAAGACGGUUUCAAGCUCAAAAUCGUCGGUGCGGCCAUCUGGACUCAAGGUUCCUUUGUGGACGGGUAUGGCGACCCGCCGACGGACAGCCCUGCGGACCUCGCGGCUUUGACUCCGACCGAGAGACGCUUCGCGAGCCAGAUGUAUCGCUCCGUGCGGAAACGGCGGGUUUCACUCGCUCGUGAAAAAGCAAAAUCAGACCCACCAGCUAUGUUUAUACUCGAUAUAUGUGCGGUCGACCCAGCCUUCCAGCGAAGAGGUGUUGCGGGAAAGCUAGUGGCAUGGGGCCUCGAGGAGGCCAAGCGGAGGGGAGGGUUAGAGUGCACCACUGAGGCGUCACCUAUGGGGCGAGUUGUGUACAGGAGGUUUGGAUUUGAAGCGGAGGGUGCGGGUAAGGAUCUUGUGUAUGAGGUCGAUGAAGAAUUCAGGACUCGUGAUAAGCCGGAGGUUUUGUUUAUGCGUACUUGGGCUGACCAGUAA